AUAAACCGAUACACCCGAUAUAAUAAACUCAUUAGUUCUCUCCCUUUCUCCUCUUGUAAGUUGUAGCCUUAGUAGGGUAAAGGGUAAAGGGUUGCAGCAGAUAAACGCCACCUCUCUCUCUCUCUCUCCUCUCUCGCAGACUCUUCAAACUCUUCUUCGAAAAUCUCACCGCAUAACAAUGGGGGCCUCACUUCCUCCCAAGGAAGCCAAUCUCUUCAAGCUCAUCGUCAAAUCAUACGAAACUAAGCAAUACAAGAAGGGUUUGAAGGCAGCAGAUGCCAUACUGAAAAAGUUUCCCGAACAUGGCGAGACUCUGUCAAUGAAAGGGUUGACUCUGAAUUGCAUGGACCGUAAAGCAGAAGCAUAUGACCUUGUUAGGCUGGGAUUAAAGAAUGAUCUCAAAAGUCAUGUUUGCUGGCAUGUUUAUGGUCUCCUAUAUCGCUCAGACAGGGACUACAGGGAGGCUAUUAAAUGCUACAGAAAUGCCUUGAGGAUUGAUCCGGACAACAUUGAAAUCUUGCGUGAUCUAUCUCUCUUGCAGGCUCAAAUGCGCGACUUGACAGGCUUUGUGGAAACAAGGCAACGACUUUUGAGCUUGAAGCCAAAUCAUCGCAUGAAUUGGAUCGGUUUUGCUGUCGCACACCAUCUAGAUUCAAAUGCAUCAAAAGGAGUUGAAAUUCUUGAGGCAUAUGAAGGAACAUUGGAGGAAGAUUAUCCACCAGAUAACGAGCGAUGUGAACACAGUGAAAUGCUUCUGUACAAGGUAUCUCUGUUGGAAGAAUGUGGAUCUCUGGAGAGGGCUCUCGAGGAACUACAGCGGAAGGAAGCCAAAAUUGUCGAUAAAUUAGCUUAUAAAGAGCUGGAGGUUUCUCUAUUUGUGAAACUUAAUCGACUAGAAGAAGGUGCAAAACUAUACAGAAUGCUUCUUUCCAUGAAUCCCGACAAUUAUAGAUACUAUGAAGGUUUGCAAAGAUGUCUUGGUUUGUAUUCAGAGAAAGGGCAAUAUUCUUCUGAUGAGAUAGAUCAACUCAAUACCUUAUACCAAUCAUUACAGCAAGAAUAUAAAUGGUCAUCUGCUGCUAAGCGAAUUCCACUUGAUUUUCUACAAGGGGAAAAAUUUGAAGAAGCUGCUGUCAACUAUAUUCGACCUUUGUUAACCAAGGGAGUUCCCUCUCUAUUCUCAGAUCUGUCUCCACUAUAUGCUCAACCUGGAAAGGCAGACAUUAUUGAAAAGUUGAUAUUGGAUUUGGAAGAAUCACUUAGGAAAACAGGAGGUUAUCCUGGGAGAACAGAAAAAGAACCUCCUUCUACUUAUCUGUGGACAUUGUUUUUGGUGGCACAGCAUUAUGAUCGACGCAGUCAAUACAGCAUUGCGCUUGAUAAAAUUGAUGAAGCUAUAAAUCACACUCCUACAGUAAUUGACCUGUACUCUGCUAAGAGCCGAAUCUUGAAGCAUGCCGGUGACUUAAAGGCUGCGGCUGCUUUGGCAGAUGAAGCCCGAUGCAUGGACCUUGCUGAUCGCUACAUAAAUAGUGAAUGUGUCAAGCGUAUGCUGCAAGCUGAUCAGGUCACUCUAGCUGAAAAAACGGCUGUCUUGUUCACAAAAGAUGGUGAUCAGCACAAUAAUUUGUAUGACAUGCAGUGCAUGUGGUAUGAGCUUGCAUCUGGUGAGAGCUACUUAAGACAAGGGGAUCUUGGACGUUCACUAAAAAAGUUCUUAGCCGUGGAGAAGCAUUAUACUGAUAUCACUGAGGAUCAAUUUGACUUCCAUUCAUAUUGCUUUAGAAAAAUGACUUUGAGAACAUACGUGGAAAUGUUGAAGUUUCAGGACCGCUUACAUUCACACUCAUAUUUUCACAAAGCUGCAUCUGGGGCAAUCAGAUGUUAUAUUAAACUGUUUGAUGCCCCUUCCAAGUCAGCAACUGAAGAAGAUGAGGAGAUGUCAAAGUUGCUUCCUUCUCAGAAAAAGAAAUUGAGGCAAAAGCAGAGGAAGGCAGAAGCCAGAGCUAAGAAAGAGGCGGAAAGUAAGAAUGAAGAAGCAACAGCAAGCAAUGUCUCUAAAUCUGGAAAAAAGAAUGUUAAAGCUGUGGAUCUUGAUCCACAUGGAGUUAAAUUAUUGCAGGUUGAGGACCCAAUGAUGGAAGCUACAAAGUAUUUGAAGCUUCUGCAGAAAAAUUCAGCAGAUUCCUUGGAAACGCAUUUACUUUCUUUUGAAGUAAAUAUGAGAAAGCAAAAGGUGUUACUUGCGUUUCAGGCUGUAAAGAAUUUAUUGAGGCUGGAUGCUGAAAGCCCAGAUUCACAUUGCUGUUUGAUACGAUUUUUCAACAAGGUGAACUCUAUGCCUGCUCCUGUCUCGGAUGCUGAGCGGCUUGUAUGGAAUGUCUUAGAAGCAGAACGUCCUUCUAUCAGUCAAUUGAAUGAGAAAUCUCUGAUGGAUACAAACAUGUCAUUCCUGAAGAAACAUGAAGAUUCCUUGAUGCACAGAGUGGCUGUUGCAGAAAUGCUUUAUCUUUUGGAACCAAAUAAGAAGUCUGAGGCUGUUAAGUUGAUUGAAGAGUCAUCUAAUAACAGGUUAUUGAUCAAUGGGGCUCCUGGACCUGCUGGGCAGUGGAAGCUGAAGGACUGUAUUUCAGUUCACAAACUCUUGGAAAGCAUUUUAGUAGAUAAGGAUGCUUCAUCUAGAUGGAAGACCCGAUGCGCCGAAUAUUUUCCUCAUUCUGUAUAUUUUGAAGGAAGUCAGAGCUCUGUUCUCUCAAAUGCGUAUCUGAACUCCGCAUGUCAAAAUUCUGAAAAUGGAGCCACAAAUCCUCCAGAGAUUACUGGCUCAGUAAAUGGGAAAUUGGAAACAUUCAAGGACCUGAAGAUUUAACUCACAUGAUAACAUCUGGUCAGCAGACAGAUCUACAGUAUAGUAGACACAUGCCUAUUUAAGCAUGACUUGUUUGGAAGUCGGAGGUAAAGGGGCCGUGUUACGGUGGAGUUGAGACAAAUCUGGAUGAUAUAAUCUCAAGUUAUCCCUCGAAGGGCCGAGUUCGUUUUGUGCAAGUUUUGCUCUCCUGCACCUAUCCUGUGCCUUGAAGAUAUGUAUAAUUAGGUCCGUAAUGAUUAGGAUUUUUUCAUUAUUUUUCUAUGAAGAUGUGCUUUCAGUGAUAUCCUUGCUUUGGGUAUCAUGAUGAUUGGAUACUCUUCAUUUGGAGUUCGAUUCUUCUUUCCAAAGAACACUGGAGGGUUAAAAGUUUUUGAAUUAUAGGGUUCAUCUUGUUCGUCCGCUUCAAUAUUGUUGUAUUGCUUUUCUGAUAUUCCGAAAUUGUCUUGUAAAAGCGUCAUUCCAUGCGACAAAAUUUUGGUCGAUACUACAAUUUAACUAGAAUUUAUGUCUUGGCUUAGCAUGGGAAACUUCUCACGUGCCUUCUAUAAAAUUUUUGCAAUGUUGCUGCAUAGUACGUCCCGUUAUCUUCCUCCUAUUGUGGCACUAGCACUUAAAAAUGUGCAAUCUGGAUAGAAUGGGGUGUUUCAUAUCUGGUAGGCGUUAAUGACCGUUUGGUCGGCAAUUUGGCUCAAAAAUGACCAUGUUGGGCGGCAAUCUCAUUUAUUACUAUUUAAAGGAAUGGUAUUAAAAGUUUGUGAAAUACUAGUAAAAUUCAUGUUUUGGAUUUGGAAAUGAUAACAAUGGCAUGUUAUGAAAAUUUAUACAAAAUUUUUUUCCUAUGUGUUCAGUCAACUUUACAAUACUUAUAGAGGCAAUGGCGGAGACUAUACGUAUU